AUGGACGACAGAGAGCCCUACGGGCCUCCAGGUCUGAAGGGCCUGGUAUCGAACCCGUUUGUGUUUCUCUGUGCUGCAUGUUCGACUCUGGGCGGUCUUGUAUUCGGCUAUGACCAAGGCGUGGUCUCGGUACUCUUGGUCAUGGAUCAAUUUCUAGGCCGAUUCCCAGAGGUAUCGCCAGAUGCCUCCGGAGCUGGGUUCUGGAAAGGUCUCAUGACCGCUAUGAUCGAGCUGGGAGCAUUGUUGGGUGCGCUCAAUCAGGGAUGGAUUGCGGAUAAGAUCUCUCGACGAUAUUCAAUUGUCGUUGCUGUCAUUAUCUUUACCAUUGGUUCCGUUUUGCAGACGGCAGCGAUGGAUUAUGCUAUGUUGACUGUGGCUCGAUUCAUCGGCGGAGUCGGCAUUGGUAUGUUGUCGAUGGUUGCUCCGUUGUACAUCUCCGAAAUCAGCCCCCCCGAGUGCCGUGGUACUCUGCUCGUUCUCGAAGAGUUCUGCAUCGUCCUGGGUAUUGUCAUUGCAUUCUGGAUCACAUACGGCACCCGAUUUAUGGCUGGAGAAUGGUCUUGGAGACUGCCCUUCCUGCUCCAGAUGAUCCCCGGUUUCGUUUUAGCGGGUAGUGUCAUUGCAUUGCCGUUCUCGCCCAGAUGGUUGGCAUCCAAGGGACGAAACGAAGAAGCCCUGGAGAGCCUCUCAAAGCUGCGUCGGCUUCCCACGUCGGACAAGCGUGUCAGACAGGAAUACCUUGAUAUCCAAGCUGAAGUUCGCUUCCAUAAGGAAAUGAACGCAGAAAAGCACCCUAUCCUCCAGGGAGGGGGGGCCAGAAAAUCAUUCCUUUUGGAGAUGGCUUCCUGGGCAGAUUGCUUCAAGAAAGGAUGCUGGCGGCGGACUCAUGUAGGCAUGGGCCUAAUGUUCUUACAGCAGUUUGUUGGAAUCAACGCUCUUAUCUACUACGCCCCUACGCUCUUCGAAACCAUGGGCCUGGAUUAUGACAUGCAACUCCUAAUGUCAGGUAUCCUCAACGUGACCCAGCUGGUUGGUGUCAUGACCAGUGUCUGGACGAUGGAUAGCUUGGGUCGUCGCGUCCUGUUACUCUGGGGCGCAUUCUUUAUGAUGAUCUCUCAUGUCAUCAUUGCGGCUCUCGUGGGUGUCUUCUCCGAUGACUGGCCUGGUCAUAGAACCCAGGGUUGGGUGAGUGUAGCCUUCCUUCUCUUCUACAUGCUCAGCUUCGGAGCAUCAUGGGGUCCCGUCCCCUGGGCUCUUCCAUCAGAGGUCUUCCCAUCCUCUCUUCGUGCCAAGGGCGUCGCACUAUCCACCUGCUCGAACUGGCUCAACAAUUUCAUCAUUGGCCUUAUCACACCUCCUCUUGUCGAAAAUACCGGAUAUGGCGCUUAUGUCUUCUUCGCCGUAUUCUGUCUUCUCGCCUUACUCUGGACCUUCUUCAUCGUCCCGGAAACGAAAGGUCGCACGCUGGAACAGAUGGACCACGUCUUCAAGGACAAUUCGAGCGAAGCGGAGAAGGAGCGCAGGCUUGCUAUUGAGACGGAGCUGCUGAGGGCGGAACAUCAGUAUCGAAAUACUGAGGCCUAG